GGAAGCGCUAGCCGGCUGGGGCAGGAAGUGGAGCUCGAGAAGUCGGCGUGACUUUAAGCGGCCGGGUCUGAGGGAACCUGCUGUUCGCACCAUGCUGCGGGCCCGGCGGCUCCUGCGGUCGGCGUUGCCUGGGCAACAGGUGUUCUUAAAUGGCUGCAGAUGGUGUUCUUCAGGAAUUAUUCCCAAUGAAAGGAUUCGUAACAUAGGAAUUUCUGCACACAUUGACUCUGGAAAGACUACGUUAACUGAGCGCAUUCUUUUCUAUACAGGAAGGAUAGCACAAAUGCAUGAGGUAAAAGGGAAAGAUGGGGUUGGUGCUGUCAUGGAUUCGAUGGAGUUGGAACGACAGCGGGGGAUCACUAUUCAGUCUGCAGCAACAUAUACCAUGUGGAAAGACACAAACAUUAACAUAAUCGACACCCCAGGGCAUGUUGAUUUCACCAUAGAAGUAGAAAGGGCACUGAGAGUUCUCGAUGGAGCCAUCUUGGUGCUGUGUGCUGUUGGAGGGGUCCAGUGCCAGACCAUGACAGUGAGCAGACAGAUGAAACGAUACAAUGUCCCAUGUUUGACCUUUGUCAACAAACUGGAUCGAAUGGGCUCAAAUCCAGUCAGAGCUGUGCAGCAACUCAGAGCCAAGCUGAAUCAGAAUGCCGCCUUUAUUCAGAUUCCAAUGGGAUUAGAGGGAAAUUUCAAAGGGAUCAUUGAUCUCAUUGAAGAAAAGGCUAUAUACUUUGAUGGUGAAUUUGGCCAAACUGUAAAAUAUGAUGCAAUUCCUCCGGAAUACAGAGCAGAGUCUGCAGAUCGCCGCCAAGAACUUAUCGAAUGUGUUGCAAACAUAGAUGAAGAGCUUGGGGAGAUUUUUCUUGAAGAAAAGAUCCCAACCAUAACUGACUUGAAGCAUGCAAUCAGAAGAACAACUAUCAGUAAAUCUUUCACACCUGUGUUGGUUGGGAGUGCUUUGAAGAAUAAAGGCGUACAGCCUCUUUUGGAUGCUGUUCUAGACUACCUUCCAAACCCAUCAGAAGUGCAGAACUAUGCUGUUCUCAAUCAGGAGAAUUCUGAGGAAAAAUCCAAGCUGUUGCUGGGUUCUGCCAGAGACAAUUCCUUGCCAUUUUUGGGUCUGGCAUUUAAACUUGAGGCUGGACGGUAUGGGCAGCUCACUUACAUUCGCGUUUAUCAGGGGAUGUUACAGAAAAGUGAUUACAUCUACAACACCAGGACCAGGAAAAAGGUGCGGGUGCAGAGACUUGUCCGCAUGCAUGCAGAUAUGUUGGAGGAUGUAGAACAAGCUUAUGCAGGAGAUAUCUGUGCAUUGUUUGGCAUUGACUGUGCUAGCGGUGAUACAUUCACUAAUAAAGCUAACGUUGAACUAUCCAUGGAAUCUAUUCAUGUCCCUGAUCCUGUCAUUUCAGUAGCAAUGAAGCCAGCCAACAAGAAUGAUUUGGAUAAGUUUUCGAAAGGAAUUAACCGCUUCACAAGGGAAGAUCCCACCUUCCGAAUCUAUUUUGACACAGAGAGUAAAGAGACUGUUGUUUCAGGAAUGGGAGAACUGCAUCUGGAAAUCUAUGCUCAGCGAAUGGAAAGAGAAUAUGGUUGCCCCUGUGUUACUGGAAAACCUAAAGUGGCCUUUAGAGAGAGCAUUUUGGCAUCAGUACCGUUUGACUUCACUCAUAAGAAGCAGUCUGGUGGGGCAGGUCAGUUUGGAAAAGUGACGGGAUAUCUAGAGCCUUUGGAGCCAGAGAACUACACCAAAUUGGAAUUUGAUGACAGAACACUUGGAACAAAUGUCCCAAAGCAGUUUGUGCCAGCUAUUGAAAAGGGGUUUCGUGAAGCCUGUGAAAAGGGCCCUUUGACAGGGCACAAGAUUUCAGGGGUGCGGUUUGUCUUAGAGGAUGGUGCUAGUCACAUGGUGGACUCAAACGAAAUCUCUUUCAUCCGAGCUGGGGAAGGUGCCCUGAAACAAGCUAUGAAUACUGCAUCAGUAUGUAUUCUCGAGCCCAUUAUGUCUGUGGAAGUUGUAGCACCCAUUGAAUUCCAAGGAGCAGUGAUUGCAGGAAUAAACCGUCGCCAUGGCAUCAUCACGGGACAAGAUGGAGCAGAAGACUAUUUCACCAUCUAUGCUGAUGUGCCACUGAACAAUAUGUUUGGAUAUGCUACAGAACUGAGGUCAAGCACAGAGGGAAAAGACCUUUCCCAGUUGUGUUAAAAGAAUUAGAUAAUAAGUGAAUUGGAAGAUUGCUGCCUGAGGCUGUGGAAGAGCUGUGCCAAGUGUUCAGAACAUGGACGGAUAGUCUGACCAGGUAUUAAGGAGCCUCCUAACACUCAGACCUUUUUGUAGUCUCUGAGACACCUGGGCAGAACGCCCGUUUGUGGGGUCUGGUAGAAGCAAUUCUCACAGCACCCAAGGUCAGAGUCAGGUUUUCCUUGAGCUGGAAAAAAUUAAUAUACAUAUAAUCAGGUAUAAAACAAUAUGUAUGUAUAUAUUUACAUAUAUCAUUGAGUAGCAAAAUUUCAGUGCUUUUUCAGAUGAGAUCCUCUUUUCAAGUUCCAUUAACUAAUAGAAAUAAACUAACAAAUCAAAAUAUUACGCAUAAUGACAGGCUAUAUUCAGGUUACAGUCAAAGUUUGUCUUCUUUUUCAUAUGACGCCUGGUAGAAAAUGUAUGAGUUUAUCAAAAGUAAUUGCUCCAGAGAGAUUCUGUUCGACAAAGAAAAUAAUGAUGAUGACUGUCAUUUUUUUAAAAAAUGAGAGAUGAUUUGAAUGCUUUCUUCACUGUUUGAAAUGAAGAGAGUUAAAGAUGGAAAGCUGUAAAACAGUAAAGACAAUAAUUAAGUCAAUACGAAACAAUAAUUAAAAUGUGAAUUAAGAGGCUCUCAGAAAAACCUAAAAAGAACAAUCCUCCCAAACUAAAAUUAUGUGCUAUCAAGUUACCUCUGGCUUAUGAACGAAGGUCCUCCAAAAAGUUGUCCUAUCCAUGACAUCCCUGCGUAGUAGUUCUAAAUUCAAGGCGGUGACUUCCGUUACUGCCAAACAAAUUCCUGAGAGUCUGGCUUGGCUGCAGAUGGUCAGGAUGACAGACAGGAUGUGUGCCUAACCUGUGGGACCUGGCUGAUGUUCUUCCUACUAACUGACCAGGGAAAAGCUGCACAAAAUGGCUGGGCUCCCAACAAAUAUGAUGUAAAAGAAACUGAGUUAUAACCCAGUCACAGCCACAACAAAAGAGGGUGCAGAAUAACAGUCUGUGCUUGGUAGAUUAAUGUCCUCCUCAAUAUAGAUCAAUGCAAGAUGCCUUUCCCUUGGUGCAACUAAUCUCUUCCUCAAGCUGAAGACUAGGUGCAUUUAACUCCUAAUGCCUCUGAGCAAAAAUAAAAAUAAAAAUCCUUUCAAGUUGUUGUGGUAGGCAAGGUUGAGAACAUUAGCUGGCCAAGCAAAAGGCAGUUGAGGCAAAAAGCUGGUGGAACACGAUAGACGACCAACAGUGUUUUCUGUUUCUGUCCAAACUUGCAAGGGUCAGUGGAGGCAAGCAGGUUCUGGACUUCUCUGGUAUAAAUGGAAAUACAUGACCCCGUGUGACACAGAGCACUGAAGCUGGGUUAACUCGGGUCAGGAAAUGGUGAUUUCUGUAGUAAGGUUCUGGUGCGGAUCACUGAUCCAACAGCUGUGAGUGGAACCACUUGGCAAGCCAUCAGCUUGCUUGAUGGGGCCAAUUCGGCUUACCAGCAGAUUGAGGGCUCAGCGCUCUAAAUGCUGUUUUUCAAAACCAGCAGGUACCCCCACAACCUAUUAUUCAUCCACAUUCCCCAGUGCUGUUUUUAUGUAACUGCAGUCUUCUGCAGUUGUCAAAGGGCAAGAAAUUAUUUGGCAAUUGUUUUUUGGCAAUUACUUGGGAAAAUUGGGAGUGACAAAAAACAAAGCUUUGCUGUGUAUUUUUGGGCACCUUGGAAAGAACUACUACUAACUGUCCAAAGGGAGAGUGUGAAAGGCUGCAACAUUCUUUCCCUGUAUUUCUAUAGUCCCGGGGUAUAAACUUGGUAGCAGGAAGGUCUCCCAUUCUUUCUUGAUGAAUGCAUCUGCUUCCUUGUGUUUCCUCACCUACUUUUGCAUGUGUGCAGAAUAUGGGAGCAUGAAUUUAGAAAUAUUGGGACUUCUUAGAAGACUGUAUUUUGUAGGUAGACACACUGUUUUCUGCCUUGGAAAUAAGUCCUAGAGUUUCAAUAAAGAAAAGCCAUUCCAUAUAGAGUCCCAGAGAGUGGCUUAAUAUAGUAUGACAGAAAUUCUGGAAAUGCUAGAUUUCAUUCUUUUUUUAAAAGAUUCAAGUGAUGUUAACCUUUAAAAAACCUUAAAAUAAGUUAAAAGUUGACAGCUCAAAAUUGUACAAACAAUACUGUGGCUACUGAGAGAGAGUUGUCUGUGAGGCUGCUGGUGCCUCUGCAGGGAGCACGCCUGAGUCCAAAGUAGGGGAUGGUCUUCGAUUCAUACAACAAAAGAAAAGCACGCAUUUGGACCUCCAUUACUCAUGACUUUCUCCGUGUACCAGAAGUGGGUGUGUUUUCAUUUAAAUCACAACAUGCUGGGAGAAAUUGUUUCAAAACUCUUGUUCUGAGCAGUUUGCUGUGAUUGAGGUAAGGGUUUCAGUGCUCUCGCAGUCCUGGAGAGGGGCUUUUUUUAUCAGUCCACACCCUGCCCACCAGAAAAAAGCAAAAAGCAAAACCUAAGCCAAACUUGAAAAUACGUGCAUUCUGAGUACAGGAACAGAGGCAAAAAGAAUCUGUAUAGUUACAUGCCUCACCCAGAUAGCAUUCAACAGUUGUGCAAGGUGGGGGCUGUUCCAAAGAAGGCAGGCCUGGGGGUCUGCUGUUGGGGAGGGAGGAAUACAGUCCAUUGGUCAAGUGGUGGAUGCGCCCAACUGGUUGCUAGAAAGCCCAUAAACAGGUUUGCCACUUUAGCCCACGUGCAUGUCUUUUUUCAGUCUUUAUUUGAUUAGUCCCGCUUUUAUAAUGACCUCAAAGAGGCUUUAUCCCUGUCCUGCUCUCUGUCUUACCCCCACAACAAUCAUGGGAGGUCCCAGCAAGGGCAGCACAACACACCAGCUCACUUCUCUAUGAGCGGAUUGCUGUGUGACUUGCUAUAACCUCCCAUAUCAACGGGCAGGCUGGGGAGCUUCCGUGGAAGAAAAUCCACAUUAAACAGGCUGCCUAAGUGAAAUAUGAUGCUUGAUAGCAUAAAAAACGAUGGCAUUUAUAUAAAUUUGUAGCAAUCAACGGAGCAAGAGGAUUUUGGUACAAGUAAGGCUAGAGCAGAUAGGGCACCCUAUAUACCAUUAGCUACUGUGGGUAUGGCUGCUCAGAAUUGGGCAGCAGGUGCAGAAGCUUGAUAUGGAGUCUAACAGAAGGGCUGUAACCUUUUGGCCUUCAGUGUGGUUCCAGCCUGCACCUUCUAUUUGCAUCAGAGCAAGGCUUCCAUUUGUACCAAGAAAGUUUUUCUUCUGAUGCUAAUAGCAGGCACAUGGGCUCUGACCUAUACUAGGCCCACAUAGUAAGACAGUCAAACUGUUUUGGGGGAUCCUGCUAUUUAUUUUUAAAGGUCAAUCAUAGUAUAUUAUUAUCUAACCUUAUCUGGAUCAGCUGCUUUAGUUCUGCAUUAUCUGCUUGUAUAAUUUAUGCUGUUUUAUCAGUUUUCCUUUCUAGUCCCACUCUGUCAUCUUUGUACAACAUGGAAAAUGAAUUUUGAAGUGGCUUAACUGAUACAAACUGAUACAAAAUAGCACACACAAGAUGUACCACUAUUCAUUUUAUUGGAGAUAAGUUAAGAGCUUCAAAUACUGCUUUUCAAAACUUAAAAUAUUUUAUCAAAUAUUUCACUAAAAUGGUGGUUUGUAAAACUUCAAGACUUUUCUUCAGAUAUAUAUUAAAAUUUGUCUCAUACAAAGUUA